AUGGAACCCACAAGUACCACCAUCAAUACUUCUCUUGACCUCAAUUUCAAUCCUCCGGCCGACCAACCUCAUCCACCCACUCCUAAUUCUCCACUCAAACAACAGGCUCCAACAGGCAUUCUUGCUGAAAAAUUGAAUCGAAUUAGUUCGGAGAAUAAGAAGCUGAAUCAGAUGCUUGGGGUAGUGGUUGAGAAUUACAGCGUUUUGAAAAAUCAAGUUAUCGAUUUAAUCAUGAAAACCAGAAAACGAAAAGCAGCUCCAGGAUGUGAUAAUUGUUGUAAUUUCAAUAGGAGCGCUUCGUCCGAUCAAUAUUGCGGUUGUUGUAGCGAUGAUAAUGAUUCCUGUUAUAAUAAGAGGCCUAGAGAAAAUAAUAGUAAACCCAAGGUUAUGAGAGUCCUCGUUCCCACCCCAGUUUCCGAUUCCACUUUGAUCGUGAAGGAUGGAUAUCAAUGGAGGAAAUAUGGUCAAAAGGUGACUAAAGACAAUCCAUCACCAAGAGCGUACUAUAAAUGCUCAUUUGCCCCUACCUGUCCGGUGAAGAGAAAGGUACAAAGAAGUGUUGAAGAGCCAUGUUAUUUAGUAGCAACAUACGAAGGACAACACAAUCAUCCAAAACCCAAUUCAGGAAUUGAGUAUCAAUUAAUUGGACCAAUUAAUUUAGGUUCAAAUACAAAGCUUGAUUCUUCUAAUGUUACAUCAUCACCUUCUUCCUCUAUCAAAUCUCCAUCAUCAUCAUCGUUAAUGCCUUCUAUGUCUUUUGAUCACUUAACUAAAUCUCAACCUCAAAUACGAUCACCUUCAUCGUCUAAUUCUUCUUCUUCAACUCAAAAGCUUCUUGUUCAACAAAUGGCUACUCUUUUGACCAGAGACCCUAAUUUCACUAGAGCUCUUGCCACUGCCAUUACCGGAAACAUGGUGGAUAGUGAAAUUUGGGGAUGA